UGAUCCAUUUCAUUUUGCAGUCCCUAUCUUUAGCCGCCGGUUUUAACUAUAUUGAUGCUUUAUCUUUUAUAUUGUUAUAUAACUAAAAAUCUUAGCAUCUCUAUAUAUAUAUACAGUUAUACUUCUCUGUGUAUUCCACAUCUCUAGCUUUAUCUCUUUUCUCACUCUAUAUUCAAUGGGUCUUCCGACAGAUUUUAAGGAGCUUCAGAUUCCAGGAUACGUACUUAAGACGCUUUACGUCGUUGGUUUCUUUAGAGACCUGGUCGAUGCUCUUUGUCCUUACAUCGGUUUACCUCGGUUUCUAGACCACGAGAUUCAUCGACCGGACCCGAUCAGACCCGAAACCCUCACGGCGAUGAGUCUUGCUGAAAAGAUUUCCCCGGUAGUUCGUUUCUCGGAUAUCCAGACCGAUCUUGAAGACUGCUGCACGGUGUGUCUCUCUGAUUUUGAGUCCGAUGAUAACAUUAGGCAGCUUCCGAACUGUCGGCAUGUGUUUCAUAAUCAUUGCUUGGACCGUUGGAUUGUGGAUUGCCGCAAGAUGACGUGUCCGAUCUGUCGGGAUCGGUUCUUACCGGCAGAAAAGUACGCACGGACGGGUACGUACUAACGGCGGGCUUUAAUUUUCUGGCGGCAGUAUCUGAUUUUGCUGUAUACCCUAUUAUGACGAUUUAUCCACUGAAGCUAUAUAUCGAUUUGAUUGUACACCUCUUUGAUAUAUCAUUUCGAUAACAUCUUUGUUCCUCAAUCUGAGAUGAUUUGACGGAAGUGUUCAUAUUUCAGACCUCUACGAGUUCACCAUUCCGGUCCUGCAAAAGAUGUGCGCUUAGAAUGGUCCUGAUGUUGCAGUCAUUAGGUGAUAUUUCCUCUGGUUCUUUGAUUUUUCAGGAACUCCUUUGUCUAAAAGAAAAAGCCAAGAAGAUCAUGACAGUAGUCUUGAAGAUCAACACUAUGUCAUUUAACAAUUAUAUUAUUACUUAUUUAUUAUUUAGUUCUCACAAUUUGCCUUGAAUGAAAAAUAUGUCCAUAUUUAUCACAUUAA